UUGAUUCAUUUUGUGAGUCGGCAAUUGAAAGCUGGUUCAUGAAUUUACAGUGAGUGACAGUGACAUCUGCAUCGUACAAAUUCGACUCAACCAGAGAGAAAAAACCGAACAAAUUCCCACGCUCUUUCAUUUCGCACUUAAUUCCCAAAUUACACGUUACGUUUAACUCACCUUCCUAGAUCAAUUCAAUUCAAUUCAACCUUCAAAAAUUCAAUUCAACACCCCUUUUCAUUUUUCUCUUUUUUCUACACCCCCUUUUUUCUUCUUCUUCUUCUUCUUCUUCUUCACCAUAUGUAAUGUUAUAUAAUGAGAUAAAUUUGUUAAGAUCUACCAUGUGAAUUUGCUUCUUCCACCAUUUAAGUUGCUUUAAUUCGUUAAUUAACUUUGUUAAAUUGCAAUUAAAAGGGUGAUUUUAGAUUCUAAUAUGAGUAACAAUUGCCAAAAUUCUGGUACUAGUCAUAAUAUCAGAGGUUUAAUCUCCAACGCUGGUGCUGGUGCUGCUGCUGGGGCAAUAGCUGCCACGUUUGUGUGUCCAUUGGAUGUGAUCAAGACAAGGCUACAAGUUCAUGGCCUUCCACCUGUGCAGAAAGGUAGUGUCAUUGUCACGAGCUUGCAGAAUAUAGUUAGGACUGAAGGCUUCAGGGGAUUGUACCGUGGCCUUUCACCAACAAUACUAGCAUUGCUUCCAAACUGGGCAGUUUACUUCACAUGUUAUGAGCAAAUAAAGGGCUUGCUUCGGACACAUGAGGGUUGCAACGAACUCACAACUAUUGGAAAUAUUAUAGCUGCUGCUGGAGCUGGGGCUGCAACAGCAAUAUCUACAAACCCAUUGUGGGUUGUUAAGACAAGACUUCAAACACAAGGUAUGAGGCCUAAUGUAGUUCCUUACAAGAGUGUUCUCUCCGCUUUGACAAGGAUUACUCAUGAGGAAGGCCUACGAGGACUGUAUAGUGGUAUUUUGCCUUCAUUAGCUGGCGUAAGUCAUGUAGCAAUUCAAUUCCCAGCAUAUGAAAAGAUAAAGUUAUACAUGGCCAAAAAAGAUAACACAACUGUCGACAAGCUAAAUCCUGGGAGUGUUGCAAUCGCAUCAUCAAUUUCAAAAGUAACUGCCUCUGUAAUGACUUAUCCACACGAGGUAAUACGUUCCCGGCUGCAAGAGCAAGGCCAAGCGAAAAAUAGUAGUGGAGUUCAAUAUGCCGGGGUUAUUGACUGCACUAAAAAGGUGUUUCAAAAGGAAGGCAUUAGGGGAUUUUAUCGCGGUUGUGCUACUAAUCUAUUAAGAACAACCCCUUCAGCUGUUAUUACAUUCACCAGUUAUGAGAUGAUACACAGGUUUUUGACGCGAACUAUACCACAAAAUGAGCCUAACAAACCCAAACCAGAAGCCAGUGACAUUGAUAUGAAAAAUGGUGAUGAUAGGGGGGAAUCACCACCCUCUCAAUCUAACAAGAUUCCUCUCGGAAACAAAGACCAGCUAACAAGACAUUGAUUCAUGUUUUCUUUUUUAGUUGUCUUUUCUCAUAUUCAAUUUAUAUCUUGGUUACACUGAAUUUUGUUAUUCCUAUUCAGCAUGUAAAUGCUCGAUUCUACCAUAAUUGUGAAUUAUAUUAGCCAAAAAAUAAAAGCAAAAUGUGAAUAAGAACAAGGCAAUAAUUUGAACA